UCCUGCAUUUAUGCAACCUCCCAAAACAGAACAGCUUGCUACUGUUAUGAAACAGAGCCCAACUGAAAUGAGGGACAACUGCUGACAGCUUUCCUUUCAUUCACUGUUUUCAACGUAAAAGAUCAGGUAAAAACAGAUAGUCUGUGUGGAGCCUGAGAUAUUUUCCAUUAUGCAGUUGGAGGCUCAGCUGAGACUAUGUCAGAGUUGUCUUUGGUGCUGUAAGAGUGGACUGCGUCUCUUCUCACAAAGCUAUGUACACAGAAAAGCUGCGAACUACUAUGACCUCCUGGGAGUCAAAUCUGAUGCCAGCUUGGAGGAAAUCAAACAUGCAUUUUUUGACAAAUCUAAGAAGCUACACCCAGACAGCGACCCAUCCAACCCUGCACUGCACAGCCAGUUUGUGGAGCUGAACGAGGCCUACAGAGUGCUGAGCAAGGACAUGAGCAGGAAAGAGUAUGACUUCAAAAUCAAACAUCCAUAUGGCGGGGGCCAGGCCUUCAGAUCUACCUCCAGUCACACCAGCUACAGAGCCAGCCCGGAAGCCCAGGAGAGCAUGCGUUAUUGGGAGCAGUUUCAUCAAUCUCAGCCACACAGGACGACUGCAGAGGAAUGGGAGAGGAAGAGGAGGAAGAACUUACGCCUGGUGGGCUACUGCAUCAUCACCAUGCUGCUCAGCAUCGGAGCCCACAUCAUCUUCUUCAAGAAACUGGAGGAAGUUCACACCAACUUCAUGGAUGAGAAAGACCGAAUCAUCACAGAAAUUUACAACGAGUCCAAAGAGAGGGCCAGGGUCAAUGGUUUUAAGAAACAGACAGAAAUCCUGCGGCAGAAACACGCCGAGUUCUUGAAGAAGUACAAAAUCCCCAACAGUGGAGAGGACAAGUAGGGGAGUCUCCAGUUGUGCUCAGUGAUGACAGGAUUUUAACUGCCUGCAGACUUAAAUAAUGUGGUAUAAGUUUAGGAUUUUAAAGUUUUUCUGGCUUAUUUGAAGAUGUUGAAGAUGCAUUUAUCGUCAGACUUAAAGGGGAACAGCACACGGUUUCAUCUUGUCACUUUACUGCUGAACUGAGCUCCAGAGUAAGACUGGACUGAUUUAUUGAGGCAUUGUAGAUUGUUUUUUGAAUUUCUGAAGUGGUGCGCCUGUAAAAUAUGCAGUCACGGGCCACUUGGAGCCAAACUGUCAAACCUCCUCUAAUGAACUUACAGGAGUCUGUUACUCAUCGACCUCAGCCUUAGCAGGGACUUUAGAUCAACUGCUGUUUUAAGUCAUGUUAAGAUGAGACAGACGGUUAUGCUGAUUUCUUUCUUGCAGAAAGGAUUUCAUAUAGAUAGAAUAAUAUAUCCAGAUGCUCCAUAAUACAAGGAGAUAAUUAGGCUGCAGUAUCACACAUGGCAAAGUCAAAGGUCCCUGCUUGUUUCCUAAUCACAGCUUUGGAUCUCACCUCCUCAUUUACCUCUCUGUAAGCCUGUGUGUUACACCUAAUUAAAGGUCCUCUGCUAUAUAGAAGAAGCCUGUAAAAGAUCAAUUUUAUGACGUAUGAAAAGGGUCUCUCUUCUUAUUUAUUAAUAGUCACAAUGAAUGUAAAGUUGUUCAUGGUUAUGGUUAUUUCAACAUGCAGGCUAACAGUAACCAUUUGCCUUUUAGUUUUUAUAGAAAAUAGUGUUAUCCUUGUUUUUUUGACUGCCUUGAAUCUUUGCUGAAGGGAUGCCAUAAGACGAUUAAAAGAUCAACUUGUUCUUAUCAA